CGAACUGUUUUAUGUGUGCUCCUGAAAAAAGUGUAGAAAUUCGGUGAAACAAGUGCAACAACCUAUUUGAAAGUUAUAGCACAACUGUAUACGAACACAAAGUGCACCCUGAGAUAAAAACUGUAUGUAUUACAUUCGAUUAUUCAGUAGUAAUUAGAGUUUGAAUCAUCUGGGCUUGCUGAUAAAUUGGACAGGUACACUGAAAACAAUAAUUUUUUGUCACUCAUUCGCCAGUAAAAAGUUACUUCAGUUAAGGAGAUCUCACACGGUAAAAAUUAACAUCGAAUGUCAAUGAUGAAUGAAGCAAUAAAAAAGGCUAUAGAGGAGAGUUCUAGACGAAUACUGGAAGAAAUUCAAGGAGCCAGAAAUGAUCUCAAGGGUGCUAUAGAUUCCACCGAGAAGAAAUUAUUGAAUAAGAUUAAUGAGCAGACUUUGAAAAUUAAACAGCUCGAAGAAGAGAAUAAAAAGCUUAAGACUGAAAUUGAAAAUCUGGACAGAACAUCACGCAAACGAAAUAUAGUCAUCUUCGGAAUAAAUAAACCUUCAACAGAGAUCUCUGCAGACUUCAUCUGUUCGGAAAUUGGAAAGCGGGUUGAGGUGAAUAUAGAAAAAACAGACAUUUCUGAUUUCUAUCUUCUCGGAAAAUCAAGAUCAGCACCAUUGAAAAUAGAACUAAUCUCGUAUGCCAAAAAAAGAGAAAUUCUCGGCAACGGAAAUAAACUAAAAGGAAGCCCAAUUGCAAUUUCUGAGGAUUUAACCCCAGCACAGCGAAACGAAUACAAAAAUCUCAGAGAUUAUCGAUUGAAAUUGGAAAAGUCAGGAAAGUACAAUAGCUGCGUUAUCAAAGGAAACAAAUUAGUAAUCGAUGGAAAAAAGUUUUCUCUCGAAGAAGCUUUGAAUUUUGAGAACGACGAGGAAGAAGAAAAAUCAACA